GACCGCUCUAUAAAAUCAACCCAUUCUCUCUGGCCACGCUUCUAUUCAUAGACGCAGAGACGUUCAUAGAGAGAGGGAACGAUGUCUCUGCUUUCAGAUCUCAUCAACCUCAACCUCUCCGAGACCACCGAUAAGGUGAUAGCCGAGUACAUAUGGAUUGGCGGCUCUGGAAUGGACGUCAGAAGCAAGGCUAAGACUCUUCCUGGACCUGUUAGUCAUCCUAGCGAGCUUCCCAAGUGGAACUAUGACGGAUCUAGCACAGGACAAGCUCCUGGGCAAGACAGUGAAGUGAUCCUAUACCCUCAAGCAAUUUUUAGGGAUCCAUUUAGGAGGGGCAAAAAUAUACUGGUCAUGUGUGACACUUACACCCCAGCUGGUGAGCCAAUUCCAACAAACAAGCGCUACGCCGCAGCAAAGGUUUUUAGCCACCCUGAGGUUGCUUCCAAAGAGCCCUGGUAUGGUAUUGAACAAGAGUACACAUUGUUGCAAAAAGAUGUUAAUUGGCCGAUUGGGUGGCCAGUUGGUGGUUAUCCGGGACCUCAGGGACCCUACUACUGUGGAGUUGGGGCUGACAAAUCUUUUGGGCGCGAUGUUGUUGACGCACAUUACAAGGCCUGCCUUUAUGCAGGCAUUAACAUAAGCGGCAUCAACGGUGAAGUGAUGCCGGGCCAGUGGGAGUUUCAAGUUGGACCAUCUGUUGGCAUCUCAGCCGGAGAUGAAUUAUGGGUUGCUCGUUACAUCCUAGAGAGGAUCACUGAGAUUGCUGGGAUUGCCCUUUCCUUUGAUCCCAAACCGAUUCAGGGUGAUUGGAAUGGAGCUGGUGCCCAUACAAACUACAGCACGAAUUCAAUGAGGGGGGAUGGAGGUUUUGAGGUCAUUAAAAAGGCCAUUGAGAAGCUUGGGUUGAAGCACAAGGAGCACAUCGCUGCUUACGGUGAAGGCAAUGAGCGCCGCCUCACCGGACGACAUGAGACUGCUGACAUCAACACAUUCUUAUGGGGUGUGGCAAACCGAGGUGCAUCUAUCCGGGUUGGCAGAGACACAGAGAAAGCCGGGAAAGGGUAUUUUGAGGAUCGUAGGCCUGCUUCGAACAUGGACCCGUACACUGUCACCUCCAUGAUUGCAGAGACCACCAUUCUGUGGAAGCCAUGAAUUUCUAUUUAGACACCCCCAAUUUGAGAUUAUGCCUGCUGUUUCAUGACGGUUUGGCAAAAAGUUGUAUUUCAGAACCAUCUCUCCCUCUUAUCUAUUUCAAUUUUAGUAGCUCCCAUCUAUUUCAAUUUUAGUAGCUCCCAUCUUUUCAUUUCUUUGAAACCAGGCUUUUGCCUUGCAAGUUGGUUUACUUGCCUUCUGCUUUUACCCCCGUGUCUUGAAUAAAUGUUACCGUCUUAUAUUAAUGACUAUAUGAAGGGCUUGAUUUUCUUGAUACCA